AUGCAGUUUGUGCCCUGGGCAUUGGCAUUAGUAACGUUUCUACUGCGGGAUUUCUUGGAGGUGGCCACUGAUGCGGCAGCAUUACAGACACCCAAACUUCACUCAAGACAAGCUAAACUGUUGGAGAGUCUGUCUGAAUAUGAAAUAGUGUCUCCCAAUCGAGUGACUGCCCUUGGAGAAGCUUUUCCCACGAACAUGCACUUCAAAAGAAGACGACGGAGCGUUAAUUCUGACACUGACCCCUGGCCCGCCUCCACCGCUUCCUCCUCCUCUUCCUCCUCUCAAGCACAUUAUCGACUCUCCGCCUUUGGGAAACAGUUUUUAUUUAAUCUCACAGCCCAUGCCGGAUUUAUCGCCCCACUUUUCACUGUCACUUUCCUCGGAGAACCUGGGGUUAACCAAACAAAGUUUUAUACCGAGGAGGAAACUGAGCUCAAGCACUGUUUCUAUAAAGGACAUGUCAAUACCAAGCCAGAGCACACUGCUGUAAUAAGCAUCUGUUCAGGAAUGCUAGGCACAUUCAGAUAUCAUGAUGGGGAUUAUUUUAUAGAGCCAUUGUUAUCAGUUGAUGAACAUGAAUAUGAAGAAGAACACAAUAAACCUCACAUCAUCUACAGACGUAGUGCACCUCAGCCAGAUUCAACAAGAAAACGGCAUAUUUGUGACACCUCAGAACCUAAUAAUAGUCACCAAAAGGACAAGAGGAAAAAUAGGACCAAAAAAUGGCAUGAAAGUAGUAUAUUAUCUGAUGUGGAGGUAUUAAAAAGUAGCUUAGAAGCAAACCCAUUUUCUGCCCAUAGUAACCAGACUGAUAACAUAGAUGAACAAAAGACCCACAAAAGAAUAAAACGUUUUUUAUCUUAUCCUCGAUUUGUUGAAGUCAUGGUGGUUGCAGACAGCAGAAUGGUUGCUUACCAUGGAGCUAAUCUACAGCAUUACGUUUUAACCUUGAUGUCAAUAGUAGCCUCUAUCUAUAAAGACCCAAGCAUUGGAAAUUUAAUUAAUAUUGUUAUUGUGAAAUUAGUCAUGAUUCAUAAUGAUCAGGAAGGUCCUUCCAUAUCCUUUAAUGCCCAGACAACAUUAAAAAAUUUUUGUCAAUGGCAGCAACUGCAGAAUUAUCCUGGUGGAACUCAACAUGACACGGCCGUCCUUAUUACAAGACAGGAUAUUUGUCGAGCGCAUGACAAAUGUGAUACCUUGGGUCUUGCUGAACUGGGUACAGUCUGUGAUCCAUAUAGAAGCUGUUCCAUUAGUGAAGAUAAUGGAUUAAGUACUGCUUUUACAAUAGCACAUGAACUUGGCCAUGUAUUUAAUAUGCCUCAUGAUGACAAUAAUAAAUGCAAAGAAGAUGGAGUUAAAAAUCAGCAGCAUGUCAUGGCACCGACCUUGAACUUCUACACCAAUCCCUGGAUGUGGUCAAAAUGUAGUCGAAAAUACAUUACUGAAUUUUUAGACACGGGUUAUGGGGAGUGUUUGCUUAAUGAACCUGAAUCAAGAACGUACCCUUUACCACCACAACUCCCAGGUCUCAUAUACAAUGUGGACAAGCAAUGCGAACUGAUUUUUGGACCAGGCUCUAAAGUGUGCCCAUAUAUGCAGAUGCAGUGUAGACGACUCUGGUGUAGUAAUAUAAAUGGAGCUCACCAAGGUUGCCGGACUCAGCAUACUCCCUGGGCUGAUGGGACAGAGUGCGAACCUGAUAAGCACUGCAAGUAUGGAGUUUGUGUGCCGAAAGAGCAGGAGAUACCAAUGACAGAUGGAUCAUGGGGGACAUGGAGCCCCUUUGGAACCUGCUCAAGAUCCUGUGGUGGGGGUAUCAAGACUGCGGUUCGAGAAUGCAACAGACCUGAGCCCAGAAAUGGUGGCAGAUAUUGUGUAGGUCGAAGAAUGAAAUUCAAAUCCUGCAACACUGAACCAUGCUCUAGGCAGAAGAAGGACUUUCGAGAUGAACAAUGUUCUGAUUUUGAUGGAAAACAUUUCAACAUUAUUGGUCUACUUCCUAAUGUGCGUUGGGUUCCUAAGUACAGUGGAAUUUUAAUGAAAGACCGGUGCAAGCUCUUCUGUAGGGUUGCAGGAAAUACAGCAUACUAUCAGCUCCGAGAUAGAGUGGUAGAUGGCACACCUUGUGGCCAAGACACUCAUGAUAUCUGUGUCCAAGGACUUUGUCGGCAAGCUGGAUGUGACCAUGUUCUAAAUUCAAAAGCAAGGAGAGAUAAAUGUGGCGUAUGUGGUGGUGAUAAUUCCUCAUGCAAAACUGUGGCGGGAACAUUUAAUACGGUAUAUUAUGGGUACAACACUGUGGUUCGUAUUCCAGCUGGUGCUACAAAUAUUGACGUGCGGCAGCACAGUUUCUCAGGGAAAUCAGAAGAUGAUAACUAUUUAGCGUUAUCAAGCAGUCAUGGAGAAUUCUUACUCAAUGGAGACUUUGUUGUCACUAUGUCCAAGAGAGAAAUAAAAAUUGGAAAUGCUGUGAUUGAGUACAGUGGAUCAGAUAAUGCUGUUGAAAGAAUUAAUUCUACAGAUCGUCUUGAUCAAGAAAUAUUGCUGCAGGUUUUAUCUGUGGGCAAUUUAUACAAUCCAGAUGUGCGUUACACAUUCAAUAUUCCAAUUGAAGAUAAACCUCAGCAGUUUUACUGGAACAGCUAUGGUCCCUGGCAGGCAUGCAGUAAACUUUGUAACGGGGAACGGAGAAGAAAAGCUAUUUGCACCAGGGAAUCGGAUCAACUCACAGUUUCUGAUCAAAGAUGUGACCGAAUUCCUCAGCCAGAGCCAAUCAUUGAGCUUUGUGGUACAGAUUGUGACUUAAGGUGGCAUGUUGCUAGAAAGAGUGAAUGUAGCACACAAUGUGGGUUAGGUUAUCGCACACUAGAGUUCUAUUGUGCUAAGUACAGUAGGCCAGAAGGGAAGACGGAAAAAGUUGAUGACCGAUUCUGUAGCAGUCAACCCAAACCAAGCAACAGGGAAAAAUGCUCAGGAGAGUGUAACACGGGUGGUUGGCGGUAUUCAGCUUGGACGGAGUGUUCCAAGAGCUGUGGAGGUGGAACAAGGAGGCGAAGAGCUGUCUGCAUUAAUACGUUCAAUGAUAUACUGGAUGACACUAAAUGCAGUCAGCAAGAGAAGGUCACCAUACAGAGAUGUAGUGACUUUCUGUGUCCACAGUGGAAAGUAGGAGAUUGGUCAGAGUGCUUGGUAACAUGUGGUAAAGGACAUAAACAUCGCCAGAUUUGGUGUCACUUUGGUGAAGACCGACUAAAUGAUCGAUUUUGUGACCUUGAGACCAAACCAGAUUCUGUGCAAACAUGUCAGCAACAGGAAUGUGCAUCAUGGCAAGUAGGGCCAUGGGGACAGUGCUCUGUAACAUGUGGACAGGGCUACCAAAUGAGAGCAGUGAAAUGUGUUUUUGGUGCCUAUUUGGCACUAGUAGAUGACAAUGAAUGCAAUGCUGCUACCAGACCAACAGAUACUCUGGACUGUGAAACAGUGCCAUGCCAUCAGCUUCCACUUGUCCCAGAACUGAAAAGAAAUCUGCCUCAUGUACAAAGGACACAGUGGAGAUUUGGAUCAUGGACACCGUGCUCAGCAACAUGUGGAAAAGGCACCAGGAUGAGAUAUGUCAGCUGCCGUGAUGAACAGGGCUCGGUAGCUGAUGCAGAAGCUUGUUUGCCCCUUCCCAGACCAUCAGCGAAGGAAGUGUGUACAGUGACACCCUGUGGUCAGUGGAAGGCCCUUGACUGGAGUUCUUGCUCAGUGACCUGUGGGCAAGGUAAGGCAACCCGCCAAGUGGUCUGUGUCAACUAUAGUGAUCAAGUGCUUGAUCGAAGCGAAUGUGACCUGGAUGACAUCCCAGAAGUGGAUCAAGACUGUUCCAUGUCUCCCUGCCUCCAAAGGAGCCAGGGCAAUGGCCAAGAAGAAAACCCCUUCCCAAAUGAAGAGAAUCAACCCAGAAGUCCAAACCCAAGUGGCAUCCACAUUCUCGGUGGCAAUCAGUGGAGAACUGGACCCUGGGGUGCAUGCUCCAGUACUUGUGCUGGUGGAUUCCAGCGACGUGUAGUUGUGUGCCAAGAUGAAAAUGGGAACACUGCAAAUGAUUGUGUUGAAAGAAUAAAACCUGAUGAGCAGAGAUCAUGUGAAUCUGGACCCUGUCCUCAAUGGGCGUAUGGCAACUGGGGAGAGUGUACAAAGCUAUGUGGUGGAGGAACACGGACAAGGCUUGUGGUGUGCCAGAGACCUAAUGGUGAAAGAUUUACUGAUCUGAGCUGUGAGAUUCUUGACAAACCACCAGAUCGGGAACAGUGCAACACUCAGGCAUGUCCUCAAGAUGCAGGAUGGAAUUCAGGUCCUUGGAGUUCGUGUUCUGUCUCUUGUGGUCGGGGACAUAAACAACGAAAUGUUUACUGCAUGGCAAAAGAUGGAAGCCAUUUAGAAAGUGAUUACUGUAAACAUCUUGCUAAGCCCAAUGUGCAAAGAAAGUGCAGAGGAGGAAGAUGCCCCAAAUGGAAAACUGGAGACUGGGGUCAGUGUUCGGUGUCCUGCGGCAGAGGAAUUCAGCAGAGAAGUGUGUACUGUCAGAUUGGAGCCCACAGAGCAGCUAGAGAGACUGAGUGCAACUUAUCCACCCGACCCGUGUCUGAACAAGUCUGCCUGGCAACGGAAUGUUCCAUGUACACUUGGAAAGCAGAGGAAUGGCAAGAAUGCAGUCAAACUUGUGGCGAGGGUUCCAGAUACCGUAAAGUUGUUUGUGUGAGUGACAAUAAAGAAGAGCACAGCAUGCAAUGUGAUAUGAGCAAGCGACCAGUGGACCGAGAGAGCUGCAAUUUACAACCUUGUGAAUACAUAUGGAUUACAGGAGAAUGGUCUGAGUGCUCAGUGACCUGUGGCAAGGGCUAUAAACAAAGACUUGUUUCGUGUAGUGAGAUUUACACUGGGAAGGAUCACUAUGAGUAUGGAUACCAAAACACUGUCAACUGCCCAGGCACACAACCUCCCAGUGUCCACCCCUGUUACCUUGGAGAAUGCCCCGUGUCAGCUACCUGGAGAGUUGGAAACUGGGGGACUUGUUCCGUUUCUUGUGGAGUUGGAGUGAUGCAUCGGUCAGUACAGUGCUUAACAAAUGAUGACCAAGCAAGUGACUUAUGCCCAAUUGAGCUAAAACCUGAAGAAAGAAGGACCUGCCAUGAAAUUCACAAUUGUGAAUUACCCAGGAGCUGUAAAGAGGUGAAAAGACUCAAAGGUGUUAUUGAAGAUGGCGAAUAUUAUCUUAUAAUUAAAGGACGGAUUCUAAAGAUAUUUUGUGCAGGGAUGCAGUCUGAAAACCCCAAAGAGUAUGUGACUCUAGUAAAUGGGGAUUCUGAAAAUUUCUCUGAGGUUUUUGGGCACAGAUUGCACAAUCCAACAGAAUGCCCAUACAAUGGGAGCAGGAGAGAAGACUGCCAGUGUCGGAAAGAUUAUACAGCGGCUGGAUUUUCCACCUUUCGGAAAGUCCGGCUGGACUUGGACACUAUGCAAAUAAUAACCACCGACUUACAGUUUGCAUGGACACACGAUGGACGACCUGUUCCUUUUGCCACCGCUGGGGACUGUUACAGUGCUGCCAAGUGCCCUCAGGGUCGUUUUAGCAUCAACCUAUAUGGAACCGGCCUGACCUUAACAGAAGCAGCAAAAUGGAUAUCACAGGGGAAUUAUGCCAUCUCUGAAAUUAAAAAAUCACUGGAUGGCACCAAAGUAACAGGGAAAUGUGGUGGUUACUGUGGAAAAUGCACUCCAUCCUCUGGAACCGGCCUUGAGGUUCAAGUGUUAUAGCUGUGGUGCUCUCGGGAGGAAGUCAAAUUGGAUGGAUGAAGGAUAUUAUUGCAAUACCUCCACCUUCUACUGCGCGUGUGUGUGAGUGCGUGUGCAUAUGGACUUGUGUGUUUGAGUGUAUGCAUGUAUAUAUAUAUAUAUACUAUAUAUAUAUAUAUUGAAUAGCCUUAAUGAUGUAAAAUUUAAUAUUUAUGUUUGGAAUUAUUUAUUUUGAUUUAAUAUUUUUGUACGUAAAACGGUAUAUAUUAUGGCUGUUUCCAUGUUCUUUUGCUCUCUGCAGUCAAACCACUUACCUGUUGUGUGACCUUGGGCAAGUCACUUCACUUCUGUGCCUCAGUUUCUUCAUCUGUAAAAU